AUGGUUCUUGCUACACAACUAACACGUAUCUUGGGUAUCAGACACCCAAUAAUUCAGGGUGGUAUGAAAGAUGUAGGUACUGCGGAACUUGCCUCGGCCGUGUCAAAUGCAGGCGCCCUCGGUGUCCUCACUGGCCUCACCCAGCCCACACCCGAAGCACUCAGAAAUGAAAUCAGACGCUGCAGGACCAUGACCUCAAAACCAUUUGGUGUCAACCUCACCUUCCUUCCAACAAUCAUACCACCACCGUACCGCGAAUACGCAAAGGUUAUCAUUGAAGAACGAGUUCCAAUCGUAGAGACUGCAGGAAACAACCCUGGUGAGUAUAUUGAUAUGUUUAAGCAGGCUGGUGUGACUACGAUACACAAGUGUGUUGCCAUUCGUCAUGCUCUGUCAGCCGAACGAAUGGGAGUAGAUGUGGUGUCAAUUGACGGGUUCGAGUGUGCUGGACAUCCCGGCGAAGAUGACAUUGCUGGCCUGGUGCUACUUGCCCGUGCUGCAGAGACACUAAAGAUUCCGUUUGUUGCAUCUGGAGGAAUCGGAAAUGGUGCUGGAUUAGCAGCCGCACUGGCCUUAGGUGCAGAGGGAAUCAAUAUGGGUACACGGUUUUUGUGCACUGCCGAGGCACCUGUGCACCAGGCUGUCAAGGAGGCAAUUGUGCGAGGAGAUGAAUGCUCGACCGCUCUGGUCUAUCGUCCGUUCCGCAACACGGCGCGCAUCUACAAAAAUUCAGUCGCAGUCCAAGUCAACGCUCUAGAACGCAAGCCAAAUGCCUCAUUCCAGGACAUUCAGCCUCUUGUAGCCGGCUCAAGAGGGCGCAAGGUAUUUGAGACUGGAGAUAUCGAUGCUGGAGUGUGGACUGCAGGACAAGUCCUGGGUCUUAUUCACGAUAUCCCAACAUGCCAAGUGCUUGUUGACAGAACUGUAAAAGAAGCACAAGAUAUCAUUCAAAAAAGACUUGCCAAGAUGUGCACAGUCUAG